AUGAGCAAGCACACCAGCUUCAGCCGCCACAAGAUGGGUGGCAGUGAUGCAGAAGGGCUGAGGAACUUCUGGGAAAAGGUCAUCCAAGAGCAAACCAAGCAGCAAGAGGCCGAAGAGUCCAGGUUGAGCAAAAGUGCCCUGAACAAACUCCGCCAGGAAUGGGCUCUGCGGCUGGAGAGGCGAGCACGGCAGGUCCAGGCACACAUGAAAACACGGGAUGAACAACUGGCACCACUGUCUAUCGAGGCUCUUCCCUCACCAGACAAAACUGUUGCUUAA